CGGCUUGCCAAGAGGCGAAAAAAAUAUUUCUAUCUUCGAAAAACAGAAGCGCAUGCUGUAUGUACAGUACAUACAUAAAUAUCGUGCACGCGAAGAUCGGUCGCUUGGUAAAUCAUACGAGUAAUAAAAGAAAAUAAAUUAAAACUAAGAACUAAAAUAAAAUGGAUGCGUCGCCGAAUUCUUAUUCCCGAAAAAUGCACAAUUCGUACGAAGACGAGGAGGAGAGAAUGCACUUUCUCCGCAUAGUAUCGGCCUUUAAAUACUACAGACCCCAUUCUCUACAACGGGUGAAGAAAACGGAAACCUACUUCAUGUCUCUGCCUGGUCAUCAUCAGAAGCUACUCUCCAAGUACAGAGAACAACUCCAAGAGAUAAAAAGAUGCAUUGAGAACAAUGACCACAUUAUUAAACUCAUCAUCAAAGAUGUCACUCAUAUUUUUGAAAACGUCAGUCCGACGACUGCUCAAACCGAGAGUACGCCAAAUCCUCGACCAGUCAUGGCUGACCAGGAAAAAGUACAAGCGACAAUAAAGCAGCUGGUUAGAGACUGGAGCGAAGAGGGUGCCCAAGAAAGACUGUCCUGUUAUCAACCUAUCAUAGAUGAAAUACUCCAACAGUUUCCCCCUGAUUUUUGUGUACCGUCAGAAGUGCAAGUCCUAGUACCUGGCGCAGGGCUCGGAAGACUUGCAUACGAAAUAGCCAGACGAGGAUACACGUGUCAAGGAAAUGAAUUUUCUCUCUUCAUGCUGUUCGCUUCACAUUUUGUCCUGAACAAAUGCAGGGGAACAAACACGUACCAGGUUCAUCCCUGGGUUCAUCAAUACAUGAACAACCUCAAGCCCGAGCAUCAAACGCACGCAGUUUCAUUUCCCGACGUAAAUCCUAGCGAUCUUCCCGAAAAUGCACAGUUUUCCAUGGCUGCGGGUGAUUUUUUGGAGGUGUACACAGAGGAUAAUCACUGGGACUGUGUGGCGACUUGCUUUUUCAUUGACUGUGCGAACAACGUAGUACAAUUCAUCGAAACAAUUUAUAAAAUUCUGAAGCCUGGCGGAGUUUGGAUAAACUUGGGGCCGCUAUUGUACCACUUCAGCGAUAUACCGAUGGAAGAUUCGAUAGAACCGAGCUACGAGGCUGUCCGCGAGGUUAUAGUGGGCCUUGGAUUUCGGAUGGAGAGAGAGGAUACCCACGUAAAAACCCGUUAUGCGCAGAACACGAACAGCAUGCUGCAGUACGAGUACAACAGCGUGUAUUUCGUCUGCAGAAAACCUAAGCCAAAUUCGUCAUCGGAUUUAAAUAAUCAUAUUAAUGGUUCGGAAUCUAACGGUUCGCAGGAGCAGGAAAAUUAAAUGCCAGAGCUUACGGGUUUUUCCGCGUAUGUUGUUGGAUAAAUUGGACAUUCUGCGAGGCUGAAAAAAAGUAAAAAGAAAUGAAAGAAAUACCUGUAGGAAUUACCGCGCUGAUUACGUGUUGUUGACUGGCGCUCAAUUAAAGCGGUUGUACAGUUGGAUCAAAGACACUUUUGCCAAAUUGAUACUAUAGGCUCUGAAAGGUCACCAUUUAUUUUUACAUUAGAGAAAAUUAUGGAGAGGCGUAGAGUUGGAGAAACAAAUAAAAUACAGUAAAAUAAAGGAAUGAAAUCAGUCGACUUGGUAUUCGAGACCCUGGGGACGUUCAAACUUUGAAUGAAUCAAUUGUACGUACAAUGUUGUAUUAAUUGGAAGAAAGAAACGUUAGAAUUUUAUUAGUUGUGUUCAUAUAAUGUGUAUAAGAAAAGCGUUUCAAACACUUCGUUCAGAAAUACAAAAGCAUAUAUAUCAUGAGUGAAUUUUCUACAUGAUUCGUUGAUAAGUACGAUUUACAGAAAAUUUCAGUCAUACUUUAAGUACAAAUGAAUUGCACUCUUCGCAGUUGCAAGGUAAAUGAUCAGAGUACAUCGCACAUGUUAUUUUUUGUUUCGAAAUCCAACACUGUUGACAUUAUUUUUAUUGUUGUUACUACAUAUAAAACAAAUACGUGUUAUAUUGCAUCAUCAAUAGAUCAUAAGCGCAUUCCUGACUGAAUACUUCUCCCAAUUAUAUAUGUCCUUAUGAAAUUAGUAAAUAGUUGACCAAUUUUUAAUGUGAAAUGAAAUACGGACAUUUUCGAAGCGAAAAUGUCUCACAAUUGAUUUUGCUAACAAGCAUGAAUAAAUAUAAUUGCUAUAUUACUUUAAAACUUGCUAUUGA